AUGCGAACACUCGUUUUACUUCUUUUAAUUGCCGGUUAUAUCUGUAGUGCUGAGAUUUUGGUAAACAACAUUCGAGCGUCGUCAACUGGCUCAUCUAGUGGUUCAACUUCAAGAAUUACCACUAAACCAGCAACAACAACUCAAAAACCUUUGCCAACAACUACUAAACCAGCAACAACAACUCCAAAACCUUUACCAACAACUCCUAAAUCUUCCCCAACAACAACUCCAAAACCUUCACCAACAACUACUAAACCAGCAACAACAACUCAAAAACCUUUGCCAACAACUCCUAAAUCUUCCCCAAGAACAACUCCAAAACCUUCACCAACAACCUCUAGGAUUUUAUCAACAACUCCAAGACCUUCCCUGACAACUACUAAAUUUUCACCAACAAGUCCCAAACUUUCUUCGACAUCUCAAUCUCCCAAAACAAGUGUUAAGCCAUCACCGACAGCUACAAGUCGAACACCUGCUCCUAAAAUCAUCGAUUGUUACUACUGCGGUGACCCGGGUUACCCGUGUCCUCAACCAUUUAAUUCGUACGAUCGAAAUGUACGGAUCACUCCCACAUCCGGUCGAUUCUGUGUGAAAUUGGGUCCAGAUAAUGGUGGACGUGGACCUUUUUAUCGUAAACCAGCUAGCUCGAGUGAAUGCUCACAAAGAGGCUGUUCUCGAAAGUACAUAAAUUUUCAAUGGACGGAGGUCUGCUGUUGUGAUAGAAAUAAGUGCAACAUGGGCAUUGCAUCGGCCAAAUCGACUUGGGGACUUAUUUUCAGCACGUUGGCAGUAAUUUUUAUUUACCAUCAAUUUUAA